AUGGCUGACUCGCUCGCCGCAUCAGUCGACUCCCUUCAAUCCUCUCUCAACCUCCUCGACUCCUCCAUCGACACUCUCGACGCUGGAAUCAGCGACUUCCCCCGCCUCUCCAAAGUCCUCCAAACCACCCGA